AUGUUCACCUCGCCUUGGCUCCCUUCCUAUGUUCACCUCGCCUUGGCUCCCUUCCUAUGUUCACCUCGCCUUGGCUCCCUUCCUAUGUUCACCUCGCCUUGGCUCCCUUCCUAUGUUCACCUCGCCUUGGCUCCCUUCCUAUGUUCACCUCGCCUUGGCUCCCUUCCUAUGUUCACCUCGCCUUGGCUCCCUUCCUAUGUUCACCUCGCCUUGGCUCCCUUCCCUUCCUAUGGUCUCGCCUCGGCCCUUUCCUUUCCAUCCGUGUCUGACUGCCCGAUCCACAAAGCAGGUGCUGUGCAGAGUGGGUCCCUGUGGCCCUCUUCCCUCAAACGACUUUUGAGGCGCCUCAAAUGCUGUGCAGAGUGGGUCCUUGUGGCCCUCUUCCCUCAAACGACUUUUGAGGCGCCUCAAAUGCUGUGUUGUGCAACGUGGGUGGGUCUAUGCAUCUCGUUGCGCGACCUGCAGUCAGUGCAAGGGGUUGUUCAUUCACCCCCUUUAUUCAUAACCCCCUUCGACUCAUACCUUCCCAUUUCUCCCGUCCCACACCAGGCGUUGCGCAACGUGGGUGGGUCUAUGCGUCUCGUGUUGCGUAACGUGGGUCUCUGCAUUUCACUGCACGACCUGCAGGCAGUGGAAGGGGGUUUCAUCUUCCCUUCCGACCCCGGCCCUCAUUUCACUGUGCGCUUCCGACUUGUCGUGUUCUCUCCAUUCGCCGGGGAAGUGCUUGUGGGCAGGCUGGUGAAGUGCGAUGCCACGGGGCUGUUUGUAUCGCUGGAUUUUUUCUCCGAUGUACACAUUCCUCACUACAACCUACAAGAGCCUUCAGUUUUUGACGAGCAGGAGAAGCUUUGGGUGUGGAAGUUCAACGACAAUGACAUGUUCCUGGACAUGGAUGAACUGAUUCGGUUCAAGGUGGUGAGUGUCAAGUACCCCGCACUGCCUGUGGAGCAGGAUAAGGGCGCCACUGCCUUUGCAACUAUGGAGAUCGUUGGUGAUAUUAACGGUGAUGGGCUCGGCUUGCUCUCUUGGUGGUCCAGCUUUCUCGCCCUCCAACCGCUUGGCUGUUCCGCCAAGCCUGUGUCUGCUCGCGCGCUCCCCCAACGGAUUGUCGCCAUGACUCUCAAGCUCUACACCUCCCCGCACAACAAGAACGCGUACAAGGCGCUGAUUGCGGCGCAAUUUGUGGGCGUGAAGAUCGAGAUCCCGCCCUACCAAUGGGGCGUCACGAACAAGUCGGAGGAGUUUUCAAAGCUCACCCCGAUUGGCAAGAUCCCUCUCAUUGUCACUCCAGAUGGGCCAAUCUUCGAGAGCAACGCCAUUGCCAGAUACGUCGCCAGGCUAGCGGACAAGGGCCUGUUCGGGUCAAACGCGUACGAGCAGGCUCAGGUGGAGCAGUGGAUUGACUUCGCCACUAACGAGAUCGACUCUCCUGUAACCCAGUGGAUAGGGCCUCUCUACCAGUAUGGCAACAGGAUUCAAGAGGUGGAGGAGAAGGCAAUUGUGAACGCCAAGCGAGGACUCGCAGCACUGAACUCGCACCUCGCCGACCACACGUACCUGGUGGGCGAGCGCGUGACGCUCGCUGACAUCAUCACAGUGUCGGUGCUGACGUCACCCAUCCGGGGCCUGUGGAGUGAAGAGUUCAUGCGGGAUUACCCCCACGUGCAGCGCUACUUCUUUACUCUGGUUCACCAGAAGCAGUUCAAGGCUGUGAUCGGGGACGUGGAGCAGAUCGCCAAGGUGCCCACGGAAAUCGUCAAGUGGGAGGACUCCCCCCUCUUCAAACUCAUGAAGCCCAAACAGGACGACAAAGCAGCAGCACCCGCAGCAGCAGCAGCAGCACCAGCGGGAGGGGGUGAGGGGGAGGAGGGGGCGCCCAAGCCCAAGGCAAAGAACCCUCUUGACCUUCUGCCUGCCAGCCCCAUGGUGCUGGAUGUGUGGAAGCGACUCUACUCCAACACCAAGGCCAAUAAUUUCAGAGAGGUGGCCAUUAAAGGCUUCUGGGAAAUGUUUGAUCCCGAGGGCUACUCUCUCUGGUUCUGCGACUACAAGUUUAACGACGAGAACACGGUGAAAUUCGUGACGCUUAACAAAGUGUCGGGGUUCCUACAGCGCAUGGACCUCGCGCGCAAGUACGCGUUUGCCAAGAUGUGCAUUCUGGGACCGGACGAGGGGCCGUUUGUCAUCAAGGGCGUGUGGCUGUUCCGCGGGAGCGAGGUGCCGCCGUUUGUCAUGGAGGAGUGCUACGACUGCGAGCUGUAUGAGUGGAGCAAGGUGGACCUGAGUGACGAGGCACAGAAGGAGCGUGUGAAUGCUUACUUUGAGGAGCCCGAUGAGGUUGAUGGGCUCAAGCUGCAGGAGGCCAAGUGCUUCAAGUAG